CGUGAAUUAUGGCAGACACUGGUGAAAAGCUGAGCAAGAGUUUGCAGCUGAGCAGGCAAUGAACAAAGUCAAAUCCCUUCCAUCUAUGACAAGUUAAAAACACAUCACAAAGGGGCUGCUCUCGAACGAUUGCAGUUCCCAUGUUUUGCUCAAAAUUGAAAUAUGGCGCCCUCCUGUGCCGAACUCUUGCCAGGCCAGGGUCAUCACCCAAGUGUCUGAUUCUAACAAGAAGGGCUCUGGAGGGAAAAAAGGCGGCCGUUAACUCAUGCUUCCCCAUUAGCAGUGGAUCCAAAAACGGAAGUGAGCUGAAGAGGCGGGCCAAGGCGGCCAAAAAGGCUGAGGAGAAGGAAGAAAAGGCAAAGGUCUUGGCCGAGAAGGAAGCUCAAGAUGGAGCUAAGAAAGCCCCUAAGGCAGCAGCUAUUGAUGAAGAAACCCUUGACCCUCGGGAAUACUUUAAGAUUCGGACUCAGAUGAUCAGCAACCUCAAGUCUGCGAAUGAGUCGCCGUACCCUCACAAGUACCACGUAUCCUCAUCGCUGUCGGACUUCAUCCAGAAAUAUAACCAUUUAGACGCCGGUCAGAUAUUAGACACCGAUGUCCAUUCAUUAUCAGGUCGUGUCCACGCCAAGAGGGCGUCCGGAGCUAAAUUGAUCUUCUACGAUCUCAGAGCUGAAGGCAAGAAGCUGCAAGUCAUGGCAAAUGCAUCCAAAUUCUCUUCUGAGGAAGAGUUCUUCAAGGCAAAUGACAAGAUUCGACGAGGAGACAUUAUAGGCGUCAAGGGUAACCCAGGAAAGACAAAGAAAGGAGAGCUGAGUAUAAUUCCAUCUGAGAUGACGCUACUCUCGCCUUGCCUUCAUAUGCUACCUCAUCUACACUUUGGUCUCAAGGAUAAGGAGACACGUUUUAGGCAGCGGUAUCUUGACCUCAUCAUGAAUGAAUAUGUACAACAGAAGUUCGUCGUCAGGGCUAAGAUCAUCGCUUAUGUGCGCAAGUUUCUAGAUGACCUCGGCUUCUUGGAGGUUGAAACUCCGAUGAUGAAUAUGGUGGCAGGAGGGGCCACCGCUAAGCCAUUUGUCACUCAUCACAAUGACCUGGAUAUGGACCUCUUCAUGAGAGUGGCUCCGGAGUUAUACCACAAGAUGCUGGUAGUUGGAGGAAUCCAGCGUGUGUAUGAAAUAGGUCGCCAGUUCCGUAACGAGGGCAUUGACCUCACCCACAACCCAGAGUUCACGACCUGUGAGUUCUACAUGGCGUAUGCCGACUACAAUGACCUCAUGGAAAUAACGGAAAAACUCUUAACGGGAAUGGUGAAGUGUAUCACAGGAGGCUCUCUCAAGGUGGCUUACCAUCCUGAUGGUCCAGUGGGAGAAGCGAAAGAGAUUGACUUCACUCCACCAUUCAGGAGAAUACACAUGAUAGAUGAUCUAGAGAAAAUACUUCAAGUGAAGUUCCCCCCUAUGGAUCAGCUGGAUACACAAGCUGCCCAGAAGUUCUUUGAUGACAUUUGUGUCAAGAAGGGUGUGGAGUGUUCUGCUCCUCGGACUACGGCUCGACUCCUGGACAAGCUGGUUGGUGAGUUCCUGGAGGUGCAGUGCAUCAACCCGACGUUCAUCAUCGACCAUCCAGAAAUAAUGAGCCCUCUCUCCAAGUGGCAUCGUACCAAGAAGGGUUUAACGGAACGGUUUGAGUUAUUUGUCAUGCAGAAGGAAAUAUGCAAUGCCUACACAGAGUUGAACGACCCUGUAGUUCAACGGGAACGAUUUGCCCUCCAAAUGAAGGAUCGGGACGCAGGAGAUGACGAAGCCCAGAAUAUCGAUGAGAACUUCUGCACGGCCUUAGAGUACGGUCUCCCACCCACUGGAGGCUGGGGUAUGGGGAUCGAUCGUCUGACCAUGUUCCUCACAGACUCUAAUAACAUUAAGGAGGUGUUGUUCUUCCCGGCCAUGAAACCAGAAGAUCCAAAGCAAGCCGAAGGGCAGGUAACCAAGCCACAAGAAGCGUCUUAACCGCAACCAUAACCUAUGACCUCUUGUAAGGUCACGGGGUCACUUCAUGAAAGCAGUGACCUUUAAAAUUCAAAAAUGGUCACAAAAUCUCAAGCAGUUUCAACAACCCAGAGGUGGGUUUCACAAAGAAUUUUGGAAAUAGUCUUAUCUCGAGUUUAGGACGACUUAUUCGUCCUAACUAAGGACUAACCUUUAGUCUUUAAUAUCAGGACUAAUCUCAAGUUAGGACUAAUCCCAAGUGCUAGUUGAAAUCAACCCCAGUAUCCUUUAACCCUUGGAAAUGCCAUCAUAUGCUAGGAAACAUCUUUGACCUUAACAAAGGUCAAAAAUCAUGUGUACCUGACAUUUGCAAAGGUCAUGUGCAACAUCAUCCCAAAUAUCAACAUCCCUAACCUUAUGACCUUCAAAAAGGCGAAAUGACUCUUUGUCACAUGUAGUCCCUUACCUUUAUCCUUGGAACCCAAAAGUGAAUCAUGACAGAAUAACUCUCUGAUACACUGGCACUACAGACUGCCACACAUCAAACAAUAAUAGGCUAGCAGACUGCUACAAAGUACCACACUUUCCAGCCUAGCAUUGGGUGAAUGGGUUCUUCUUUUGGCUUGUGUACUGUGGACUAAGUCUCAACUGCCCCCUGUGGUGUUUUGUGGCAAGAGUCGGUUGGGCAGGAGAGUGCUUCAAUAGGGCCAUGCCUUCCAGCCUAGCAUUUGGUGCAUACGUAUCUUCUGUUUGUACAGCUGGUAUUAUCAGGACACCCCAUGGCUUGUGUGCUGUGGACUUAGUCUCCACUGUCUCCUGUGGUGUUUUGUGGGGCAGGAGAGUACACACCAGUAUUAAUUUAUUUUUGACGAAGUAAGCAAUGUAAUGGGGGCAUAAAGUAAUGUGGGAUUUAGUAGCGAGAGGCCAAAGACUCCACCAUUCUUGCGCAGGUGAUUAAUCGACUAGAUAAUGCCAAACGGGUAUUUACAGUAGAAACAAUUUAUUUGGCAAUGUUCAACAGAUAAGCUAAAAUAAAUUUUGUCGGAUGUAAAAUUUGUCUGAAAAAAAUAAUGCUAACAGUCACUUUCUACUAUAACAAUUACAUUUUAAUAAAGGUGUAGUGUAGGCUGUUUGUAUGUGAAAUGAUAAGGGAGAAGUGCGGAGUUAAACAACUCGAGGUAUCUGGAGGUUGAACCUCAAAUAACCCCGGAAAGCCUCAACUUUGAGGCCAACUUUGAGGUACCCCCUGGGCCAAAUUACUACACACAGAGCUGCUUAAGCACUAAAAGUAGCUAAGCACAACAAAAUAAUGCUUACCAGAAUAAGGUUAGCAGCCAAACU